AUGAAGCAAGAGUUUGAGAUUGAACAAUUGAUCCCUUCCAGUGACCAACAAACCAGAAACAAUCCUCUUAAGAAAAUGGUGUACCCACUAGCUGCUCUUGGAGGACUCUUCCUUGUGUCUACGGCACUCAUGGCCGGAGUUGUCGAAGCUCGAGUCCCGUGCGAACCUCCGUGUGUUCCAGGUACCGAAGCAAUCAUGAGCAAGAAGGAGCACGGAACUUCCCACACACCUGUCCAAGAAAAGUUACGAUGGGAUUGUGAUCGAGACACAGCGGAUCGCAUUUGCAAUUUCAAUCGACACUAUGCCGAAUAUGCUGGAUACUGGAAAUCUACAACUUUUUUGGAUGAGAUUGACCAAAGUGGCGACGAAGAAGUGACGUUCUUUGAUUCGAAUACUGGCAAACCCUUGUUCAAUGCUCCCAAGGGACGUAAUUGGCAACAAUGGAUCAAGGAAAGUACCCUUCAUGGCUGGCCAUCUUUUCGCGACGACGAAGUCAACUGGGAUGUUGUGCGUGUGUUGUCAGAUGGCGAGACUGUGUCGGUAGAUGGAACUCACCUUGGACACAAUAUUCCCGAUAAAAAUGGCAACCGAUACUGUAUCAAUCUAGUUUCUGUUGCAGGAUACCCUAAGGGAAGUGCCAACAACGGCGAAGAAGAGGGGACUCGGAGGUAA